UCCAACAAUGUUUGAGCUGUAUUUUUCUGAAAAUCUAGUGUAGUUUUUGGUCUGUAUGUAGUUCAAAAUAAUUAUUUGUUUUAAAUGAUUGUUUCUGAAUACAAUAUAGGUCCAAACCAUGUAUAAGUCUAGCAUUGUCCCUGUGUCUCGAGGAUCUCUUUCAAGUGUGGUGUAAUAUCCGGAAAGAUUAUUUCGGAUACAUUGUAUUUGAUUAAGAAUGUCGUUGAUGCAGCAGAUCAAGGGGAGCAUGAUGCUCAAUGUGUCCCCAUUGAGCCCCCACAAUGCCACCACGCAGCUCACCACAUUCAAGAGCUAUGUGGCCCUCAUUGCCGACCCCACUCCAGGCAUUGCUGAGAAGAAGCUCAAAGCUGCGCAAGAAUUGAGUGAAAACUUUGAGACGGUAGUUUCAUCCCCUCAGUACCCCCAGUUCCUGGCUGAUGCCGUCCGCGUGUUCAUGAAACUGUUGGAGGAAGGGGAACCACAAUUCAUUGCCGAUCAGAAUAUGCAGCAACUACGAAAGCUGCUGUUGGAGAUUAUCCACCGUAUCCCCAGCAACGAGCACCUGAAGAAAUAUGUCCAGCAGGUCCUUUCCCUCAUGUUCAAACUUAUCAAGAUCGAGAAUGAGGAGAAUGUGUUGGUUUGUCUGAAGAUCAUUAUAGAGUUACACAAGCAGUACAGGCCUCAGAUGAAUGAUGAGAUCCAGGACUUUCUGAAGUUUGUGAACCAGAUUUACACCAACCUGCCAAACCACCUGAACAAGAUCUUCGAGCCCCGCUCCCAGACGAAGGUGAAGGACAUUGCUGAAAUAAACGUAGAGGCUUUACUCCAGGAGACAUACACGGUCACCACAAUCAUCACAGAUAAGAAGAAUGCGGAUAACCAGAGUGUUUCGUACAACAUCAUCCCUAGAGGUGUACUGUCUCUGAAGGUUCUAGCUGAACUUCCCAUCAUAGUUGUUCUCAUGUACCAGCUGUACAAGCCCAGCGUACACCAGGAGGUAGCCAACUUCAUACCUCUCAUCAUGAAUACCAUCACCCUACAGCCUAGACAGGAACACAGGGCUCAUCCAGCCUUUAACAAGGAAGUGUUUGUGGACUUUGUGGCCGCUCAGAUAAAAACACUCUCCUUCCUUGCCUACAUUGUGCGGAUAUUCCAGGAGCAAGUCCAGCAGUAUUCGAAGCAGAUGGUUCAAGGUCACCUUUCCCUGCUGUCUCUGUGCCCCCAGGAAGUGGCUCACCUCAGAAAGGAGCUGCUGAUAGCGGCUAAACACAUCCUUGCUACGGACCUUAGAAACAAAUUUGUAAGCGUGAUAGACAAGUUGUUUGAUGAGACAGUGCUGAUAGGUACGGGCUGGACUACCCAUGAAUCUCUCAGGCCGCUGGCAUAUAGCACCUUAGCAGACCUAGUUCACCAUGUGCGACAAGCUCUACCAAUGUCGGAACUCUCCAUGGCAGUGAAUCUCUUCUCGAAGAACGUCCAUGAUGAGUCGCUCCUAAGCAGUAUUCAGACGAUGUCGUGUAAACUUCUGCUGAACCUUGUGGACUGUAUCAGACAGAAAAGUGAACAAGAAAAUGGAAAUGGGCGUGACCUAUUGAUGAGGAUGCUGGAAGUGUUUGUGCUCAAGUUUAAAACUAUCGCCAAAAUACAGCUUCCACAAAUCCUGGCUAAGUGCCAAAAGCAACCUAAUCAAAAUGGCCAAGAGAACAGCAACAACAGUACGGGCACAGUUGGGAGCACCACCACCACUACAAGCAGUGCCACAACAUCAGUCACAAGCAUCACUGCCAUCAGCAGUAGUAGUAGUAGUAAACCAGCAGACUCCAAAACCCCACCCCUACCCCCUUCUACCCCCACGGUGGGGGAGGCUACGAGCAUGGGGGACAUGAAAAAUCCCCUGGGGAGUGUAUCUGCUGACAUUAAGGAGUCGAGCACCAAAGAUGAUAGGCCGUCCAAUAGAUUUGGAGUGACCCCUAGCCAGUAUAACACCUACUCCGUGGCCGACUGUCGAGGCCUCGUAAAGACAUUGGUGUGUGGGGUUAAAACCAUCACCUGGGGAAUUGUGUCAUGCAAGGCCAUCGGAGCUGAUAAAGACAGCAGCCUAGUUACCAACAAGCAGUUCCUGCCACACGAGACUCUGGUCUAUGUCCGUCUUGUAAAGUACGCUCUGCAGGCCCUUGAUAUCUACACCAUCAAUGUGUCGCCAAACGGUCAGGCCGUUGUCAGGCCUGCUGUUGUUCAGACAGUGAGAACCAAGGAAGAGAAAGAGGUCUUGGAACACUUUGCUGGAGUGUUCACGAUGAUGAGUCCGUUUACGUUCAAGGAGAUAUUUGCCACAACCAUUGAGUACAUGGUUGACCGCAUUCACAACAACUACGCCCUCCAGAUCGUAGCCAAUACAUUCCUCGCCAACCCAGCUACAUCGGCAACAUUUGCAACAAUACUUGUAGAGUAUCUGCUCGCUAGGCUGGAGGAGAUGGGAAGUAACAUGGAUCGCAGCAACCUGUACCUGAAGCUGUUUAAGCUGGUGUUUGGAUCAGUCUCCCUGUUUGCUGCUGAAAACGAGCAGAUGCUGAAGCCUCACCUCCACACAAUAGUGAACAGAUCCAUGGAGCUAGCUAUGAGUGCAAAGGAGCCAUACAACUACUUCCUGUUACUAAGGGCGCUCUUCAGAUCUAUAGGUGGAGGUAGCCACGACCUGCUCUACCAAGAGUUCCUUCCCUUGCUGCCAAAUCUGCUCCAAGGCCUGAACAGCCUCCAGAGUGGACUACAUCGUCAACACAUGAAGGAUUUAUUUGUGGAGCUGUGUCUCACGGUCCCGGUGAGGUUGUCCAGCCUUCUGCCAUACUUGCCCAUGCUUAUGGACCCCCUAGUGUCAGCACUGAAUGGCUCACAGACACUUGUUAGCCAGGGCCUGCGAACCCUGGAGCUGUGUGUCGACAACCUACAGCCUGACUUCCUGUACGAUCACAUCCAGCCUGUGCGGGCUGAACUCAUGCAGGCCCUGUGGAGGACCCUCCGUAACCCUGUUGACAACAUCGCACAUGUGGCCUUCCGUGUGCUUGGGAAGUUUGGAGGCGGGAAUAGGAAGAUGUUACGUGAACCACAGACACUGCAAUACAAUGACAAAGAAACCGUAGGACCCUGUAUCUCCAUCUACUUCCCGGACUGUAAACAGCCCAUCUCACUUCCUGUCGAGAAAGCAAUAGACGCGGCUCUGACAGCUCUCAAGUGCAGCUCCACCGACACAUACUAUCGUCGUCAGGCGUGGGAGCUCAUCAAGUGCUUUCUAGUCUCCGUUAUGAAUCUCGAGGAUGAUAAACCGACGCUGGAUAAUUUGUUCAACCAUCCAAGUUUCAUUGAGAAGGAGGUUCCUAUCAGUGGUCAGUUGUACAAGAACCCCGACGGCCAUUCCAGGAAGGUGCAUGAGCAGGCCCUCAUUGGCAUGUUUGUGGCUGCGGCCAUCAAGGAGUUACGCCAAUCAGCUCUGAGGUUUAUGGGGUGUAUGGUGCGACACUACACCAUGAUCGCUAUAUCCCAGCAGUGCGGCCCCUUUCCAGUUGGGGACAGACAGAACAAACUUCAGGGAAUGGACACCCAGAUUCUUAUUGAUGCUUUAGCUGUGAUUAUGGGCCACGAAGAAAAGGAGCUGUGUAAACCAGGAAACCUAGCCCUUGUUCUGAUUUUGGACACAGCUACAACCAUACUGGGGUCAAAAGAAAGGGCAUGUCAGCUGCCGAUGUUUGAGUACCUGGUGGAGAAGAUGUGCUCCCUGUGUUACGACAGGGCCUGGUACGCCAAGUGUGGAGGAUGUGUGGCAAUAAAGUCAAUGACUGAGCGGAUGUCACUUAAGUGGGUUCUGGAACACCAGUUCCAUUUCCUGAAGGCCCUCUUCUUCGUUAUGAUGGACUUGACAGGGGAGGUGUCUAGUGGUGCGGUUGACCUUGCCAAGUCGAACCUUGAGAUGUUACUGACCAUGUGUGGCCGCAAACUUGAGGGUGAACACGCUACCGAGGAUUUACUGGCCGCGCAGAAAAAGUCCUUCCAUGAGGUCACGUACGAGCUGGUGCGUCAGGUCACAUCACCGAACACGACUGUCCGUGAAACUGCCAUGAAAUCUCUGGAACUGUUGGCUACUGUAGCUGAGAGGAGUGUUACAGUCAUAAUGGAGCCACAUAAGGAAGUCUUACAAGAUAUGAUCCCACCCAAGAAACACCUGCUUCGACAUCAACCAGCAAAUGCUCAAAUUGGUCUUAUGGAUGGUAAUACAUUCUGCACGACGUUGAAUCCACGUCUGUUCACCAUUGACCUAAGCAUAGGAGAGCACAGCGUCUACUUCACUGAGCUCCAGAAUCUCUGUGAUGCAGAGGACUCAGUCCUUCUGAAGUUGCCAUGUUACAAGUCUGUCACGAACUUGCUACCGCUACGGAAAAGUGCUCUACGUGCUCUGGCAGCAUGUUCGUACAUCCCAAACAAGCGUGAGAAGAUUUUCCAGGUUCUGUACAAAGCCCUGAACAGCAAGACGAGCGAACUUCAGGAGGUGGCCCAUGAGUGCAUGAAGAGUUUCCAGCCAUUCAUAUCGAGUGGGAAUAUCGAGAUGGAGAUUGUCCACAGUGCUAUGCGGCCUCUGUUGUUAAUGCUGGGAGAUUAUCGUAACCUUGACCUCAACGUGAUUCAACGCCUCUCAAGUCUUACUCAGCUGUUUCCUAACACAUUCAACGAGAAACUCUGUGAACAGCUUCUGACUCACCUUAAGAAAUGGCUUGAAAUUGCCAGCACAAGUCAGAAAUCUGGUCAAGUCCGAGCCACUGGGCAGGAACUGAAGAUUUGCGCCGCUAUUAUCAACAUUUUCCACCUCAUACCAGCCGCCAGCAAGAAAAUGAUCGAACCCCUGGUCAAGGUCACUCUUCACGGAGAAAAGAAUCUCCUUAUGGAGCCUGGAAGUCCAUUCAGUGAGCCACUGAGGAAGUUCCUUGUCCGAUACCCGGUACAGACAGUGGAGUUUAUGAUGAACGACACCAACAUUCGGGAUAUGCAGUAUCUGCGAUACUUUGUGUACCUGCUGACACUGAAGGAAGGCCAGUCAUUCCGAGAUGUGAUGAAAACAAAUGUCAUGAAGCUUGUAGCCAUGUUGUCUUCUGCUACCCAGCAACCACAACAGCUAGGUCAGCUACAGCAGCAGCAGGUGUCACCACCAGCACCAUCAGACCUACUUGUGUACCAGGCUAUACUGCUGACCCAUACGCUUGUCCGCUUUGAAGAGGAAUGGCUUUCAAACCAACCCCAACUGAUGAUGUGUUUGAAGAAGCUGUGGGUAACGGAUGAGUUCCAGGCUGAUAAAGCGGUGGCAGACAUCCCAGAUUACAGCCACUGGAAGGUCCCUGCCAUGGUGGUGAAAUGUCUCCUCAAUUACUUCAAGCACAAUACCAAUGAGAUAGAGCUAUUGUUUCACCUGUUGCGAUGUUUUACAACUCGUCAUGUGCCCCAGUACCAGUUUGUGAAAGAUUUCUUGGACAAUACUGUUGCUGCCUUGUACACAGUGGAUUGGAAGAGGAAGGCCUUCUUCAAGUUUGUAGAGAUUUUCCACGACCAAACCUGGCCUCAGAUGCUAAAGGCGAAGAUUAUCCAGUAUGUGCUACUGCCCUGUUUCCAGCAGUCGUUUGAGGGUACAGAUGGAGACCGACUUAUUGGGGGACCGGCCCAGCCUGACCAAGAUAGCCCUGAUAACAUUGUGUCCGUCUUCAUCAACAAGGUGAUUGAUCCAGAGAACCCCUUUGGCAACUCUGACGCUGUCCGGAUUUUGUUACUCCAGUUUUCCUCUCUGUUGGUAGAGCAGGCUGCUCCACAUGUACAUGAUGCCGCUAACAAAAAGCAAGGUAACAAGCUACGUCGCCUGAUGACGUUUGCCUGGCCGUGUCUGCUGAUGAAGAAUUGUAUCGACCCGGCAACCAAAUACCACGGCCACCUUUUACUGUCACACAUCAUUGCCAAGUUUGCUAUUCACAAGAGAAUAGUUCUACAGGUGUUCCACAGUUUACUGAAAGCCCAUGCAGUAGAAGCUAGGGCGGUUGUGCGUCAAGCUCUAGAAAUUCUCACUCCAGCAAUGCCUGGCCGGAUGGAAGAUGGAAAUGGCAUGCUGACACACUGGACAAAAAAGAUAAUAGUGGAAGAUGGCCACUCUGUUGCCCAGCUUGUACACAUUCUUCAGUUGGUGGUGCGACAUUUCAAGGUCUAUUACCCGGUCAGACACCACCUUAUACAACACAUGGUCAGCUCAUUACAGAGGCUUGGAUUUACUCAGAAUGCCACCAUAGAGCACCGUAAGCUUGCUGUUGACCUGGCGGAGGUGAUCAUCAAAUGGGAGGUACAGAGGAUCAAGGAGGAUCAGGAGCCCAGUGGAGAGUCUACGAGUGAAGUCCUCCCAGCUGGACCAGUAAAGAGAGCAGGCUCCGUGGAGCCCCAGCAAGAUGCAAAGAAGGCCCGCUACUCUUCAGGCUCUGCAGUGGGAAGCCCAGAUCCUCAGAUCAAGCCCGCAGAGGGAACUAAGCCCAUUGAGAAACAGUACUGUGAUGCUGUGGUGAACUUCUUGCUAAGGAUUGCUUGCCAGGUCAGUGAAGUAGCAGGAUCACCAGGCGAGGUCCUAUCCCGUCGCUGCGUCUCCCUGCUCAAGACAGCUCUACGCCCCGAUGUAUGGCCAAACACAGAGCUGAAACUCACCUGGUUCGACAAGCUGCUGAAUACCGUAGAGAGCCAGCAGCCCAAUUUCAACAACAUCUGUACAGCACUGGAGCUGCUGUGUUUUCUGCUCACUAUCCUGAAAAAGGAUCAAAUCCUCUCCAGUUUCAAGCCACUACAGCGCGGGAUAGCGGCUUGUAUGAACUGCCCUAACAUGAAGGUGAUCCGAGGCGUUCAUAGUCUUCUUUCCCGUCUUAUGAGCUUUUUCCCGACCGAGCCACUCAAUUCAAAUGUCGCAUCAAAGUAUGAGGAGUUGGAGUGUCUGUACGCAUGUGUCAGCAAGGUUGUCUAUGAGGGACUGACCAACUAUGACAAGGCCACAAAUGGGUCGACCAAUCAGCUGUUUAGCACACUCAUGAUACUGAAGGCAGCAUGUAUUCACAACCAGUGCUACAUAGAUCGACUGAUCACAACAUUCAUGAAAGUUCUCACAAAGAUGGCAAGAGAACACCUUCAGCCAUCUUCAACCACGGAGGCUAGCCCGGUUGCAAGUGAGCUACUGAUUAUCAGCCUGGACCUUGUGAAGAAUCGCGUGGUUGUCAUGUCGAUAGAGAUGCGCAAGUCAUUUAUUGGGCAGAUCCUUGUUGGCCUGAUUGAGAAAACUCCGGACAGUAAAGUUAUGAAGGCCAUCACCAAGAUGGUGGAAGACUGGGUCAAAACCAAGGGAACAAUAGCCCUAAACCAGUCGCCCACAAUCCGAGAGAAGGCCAUUCUACUGGUCAAGUUGAUGGUUCACAUUGAGAAGAGGUUUUCAGAUGAUGCGGAACUCAAUGCUCAGUUUCUGGAACUUGUUAUAUACAUUUACAGGGAUGAGGCUCUGAGUGGAACAGAAUUGACUUCCAAACUUGAGCAAGCCUUCCUGGCAGGUCUCCGCUGUCAGCAGCCCCAGAUACGACAGAAAUUUGUUGAGGUGUUCAACAGCAGUAUCCCUCGGCGUGUGUUUGAUCGCCUCCUGUAUAUCACUUGUUCUCAGAAUUGGGAAGCCAUGGGGAGCCACUUCUGGAUCAAGCAGUGUAUUGAGUUACUGGUGUCAGUGGCAGUAAAUGGACACACAAUCCAGAGUGCCUCCACCAUGAACCUGCUACCCUCGGCCAGUAGUAUCGUUAGUCUGGCAGACUCCAGCGACCGCGCACAGUUUGCCAACAUCAUGAAGAUGAAGGAGGAACCAAUGGACGUGGAGGCACUGGACUCUAACAAGGAAGAUGAGGAGAUCGACAUUGAGCUAGGUGUUGCCGGAGAUGAGGCCGGGCAGAAAGAGUCGCCAAAGAAAGAGGUGACAGACCCCAAGCAGAACCUCACCACAUUGUUACAGAGGCAAGCCAAGUUCCUGGAGACCUGUAGGGAGGUCAAGACAUUCCAAUACCUGGGUGCAUUAAGCCAGCUAUGUCACAGCUCAACAGACCUGAGCCACAUUUCCUGGCUUGCUUUGUUUCCCCGUAUCUGGAAGGUUCUCUCAGACAGACAGCAACAGAUGUUGAGUGCGGAGCUGGUUCCGUUCAUGUGUAGUGGAAGUCAUGUUGUUCAGAAAGACUGCCACCCCAGUGCUGUACACACAUUUGUGGAGAGUCUAGCUGUCUGUGUACCCCAAGUGCCCAUCAGGCCAAGUAUACUCAAGUACCUAGGCCGUACCCACAACCUCUGGUACCGCUCCUGUCUUCUACUGGAACAGAUUGACAGUGGGGCAGCUCCAUUACCCAAGAGCCGUUCAGUCAGCGAGUACGAAUUUGAGCCCACUACCAAUCCAGUACAGGAGACCUUGGAUGCCCUUUGUGACCUCUACUCACUGCUCAAAGAGGAUGACAUGUGGGCAGGACUGUGGCAGAAACGGGCCAAGUUCUCGGAGACCAACACCGCCAUCGCAUACGAACAACAUGGCUUCUUUGAACAGGCACAGGGCUCAUAUGAGGCAGCAAUGGCUAGAGGAAGGGCGGACCACAACACUGGCCCUGCCAGCCCUCCAGUGCUUCCAGAAUACAGACUUUGGGAAGACCACUGGAUCAGGUGUUCAAAGGAGUUGAAUCAGUGGGACCAUCUUCUAGAAUACGCCAAUUCCAAGGGCAACACAAACCCCCAUCUUGUACUGGAGAGCGCAUGGAGGGUCCCUAACUGGGCUCUAAUGAAGGAUGCCCUAUCGCAGGUUGAGCUAAGCUGCCCAAAAGAGAUGGCUUGGAAGGUGAAUCUGUAUCGUGGUUACAUCGCUAUCUGUCACCCUGACGACCACCACCUCAAUAUGGUAACUAUGAUUGAGCGUUUGGUUGAGUUGUCGAGUAACCUCGCGAUCAAGGAAUGGCGACGUCUGCCUCACAUUGUCACCCAUAUACAUGUGCCCCUGCUGCAGGCUGCUCAACAAAUAAUGGAGCUUCAAGAAGCUGCCCAGAUCAACCAGGGUCUCCAGCCGGCCAACAUCACCCGCUCCACCAGUCUACAUGACAUGAAGGCCAUCGUCAAAACCUGGAGGAAUCGCCUGCCGAUGAUAUCAGACGACCUCUCCCACUGGAGUGACAUUUUCACCUGGCGUCAACACCACUACCAGUUCAUCGUGAACCACUAUGACACACAUGCUGCACAAGAUCAGCAAAACAACCACUCCAUGCUGGGUGUUCAUGCUUCAGCCCAGGCCAUCAUUCACUUUGGCAAGAUUGCCCGCAAACACAACCUGUCUGGUGUGUGUUUAGACUCCCUGAGCAGGAUUCACACCAUUCCAAGUGUUCCGAUCGUAGACUGUUUCCAGAAGAUCCGGCAGCAGGUGAAAUGUUACCUACAGAUGGCCGGAGCGAUGGGAAAACCUGAACUGAACGAGGGACUUGAAGUUAUAGAGUCCACAAAUCUGAAAUACUUCACCAAGGAGAUGACGGCAGAGUUCUAUGCCUUGAAGGGCAUGUUUCUGGCCCAGACAGGACGCUCCGACGACGCAAACAAGUCCUUCUCCGCAGCUGUUCAGAUGCAUGACACUCUGGUGAAGGCCUGGGCACUGUGGGGGGAUUAUUUGGAGUCUGUGUUUACUAAAGACAGACAAAUCAACAUCGGUGUAUCAGCCAUCACCUGUUUCUUGCAUGCGUGUCGCCAUCAGAAUGAAAGCAAAUCUCGGAAGUACUUAGCCAAGGUCCUGUGGCUGUUGACAUAUGACGAUGACAAGUCCACUCUAGCAGAGGCAGUAGAUAAAUACUGUGUGGGGGUGCCUCCAGUACAGUGGUUGCCAUGGAUUCCUCAACUGCUGACUUGCCUGGUUCGUAACGAGGGUCGCCUGAUCAUGAAUCUAUUGAGCCAAGUAGGACGGAUGUACCCACAGGCCGUGUACUUCCCUAUACGUACCUUGUAUCUCACACUGAAGAUUGAGCAGAGGGAAAGAUACAAGACUGGUGAGGCUACAGCUACCCUGAGCAGGAGUAAUUCCCAGGUUGCUACAACAACAGGAUCCCUCAAUCAGCUCAUGUCUCCAACUACCCCGGGGGUAGCAAUGCCAGCGACACCAGAACCAAUACUUACUUCAUCUGAUCUAACAGCUGCCACCACACCAUCAACACCAACAUCACUGACACCAACAUUAUCAUCAUCAGCUGCAACAGCUCCAACAACUCCCAGCAGCACCACAGCACCAGGCAGCAACAGCACCACUGGGGCCACUUCAGCAAGCCGUUCGGGAACGUCAAGCACCCAGGGUGACGCGGGUCCUAUUCGAGCUCCUGCACCAAUGUGGCGAUGUAGCCGAAUAAUGCACAUGCAGAGGGAGUUACAUCCCACGAUACUUUCCUCGUUGGAGGGAAUCGUAGACCAGAUGGUGUGGUUCCGGGAGAACUGGUAUGAGGAGGUCCUCCGACAGCUAAGACAGGGCCUUGCCAAGUGUUACGCUGUGGCAUUUGAGAAUAGGGCCUCAGUUGCUGAUGCCACUAUCACACCUCACACCCUGAACUUUGUCAAGAAGCUGGUUAGCACUUUUGGGGUGGGAAUUGAGAACGUAUCAAACGUCGUGACGACCUUCUCGAGCGCGGCUUCCGAGUCACUGGCUAGACGGGCCCAGGCGACGGCACAAGAUCCUAUCUUUCAGAAGAUGAAGAGCCAGUUUACGACAGACUUUGAUUUCUCUGUACCAGGCUCUAUGAAGCUACACAACCUGAUCAACAAACUGAAGAAGUGGAUCAAAAUACUGGAAGCCAAAACUAAACUGCUUCCAAAAUCGUUCCUGAUAGAAGAAAAGUGUCGGUUCCUGAGCAAUUUCUCCCUCAACACAGCUGAGGUAGAACUUCCAGGGGAAUUCCUGCUACCCAAGCACAGCCACUACUACGUGCGUAUUGCCCGGUUCAUGCCACGUGUUGAGAUUGUUCAGAAACACAACACCGCGGCACGAAGGCUCUACAUUCGAGGACACAAUGGCAAAAUCUACCCAUACCUGGUUGUGAAUGACGCGUGUCUGACCGAGUCUCGUAGGGAAGAGCGAGUUCUACAGCUGCUACGAAUGCUCAACCACUUCCUUACAAAACAAAAGGAGACGAGUCGACGCAUGCUGUAUUUCACUGUGCCUCGUGUGGUUGCUGUGUCCCCACAGAUGAGACUAGUGGAAGAUAACCCGGCCUCUAUCUCCCUUUUGGAUGUAUACAAACAGCGAUGCAGCAAGAGGGGCAUAGAGCAUGACUCCCCGAUCGCCCGUUACUAUGAGCGAUUGUUAACCGUCCAAUCACGCGGCUCCCAGGCGAGUCACCAAGUUUUGAGGGACAUUCUCAAAGAGGUCCAGAACAAUAUGGUUCCCAGGGGGCUUCUCAAGGAGUGGGCAUUGCAUACAUUCCUGGAUGCGACGGAUUACUGGAUCUUCAGAAAGACUUUCACCAUCCAGCUAGCGUUGAUGGGAUUUGCGGAGUUUGUUCUUCACCUGAGUAGAAUGAACCCGGAUAUGAUGUACCUUCACCAGGACUGCGGAUAUCUCAACAUUGCAUACUUCAAGUUCGACAUUGAUGAUGCUACUGGAGAACUGGAUGCCAACAGGCCUGUUCCAUUCCGAUUGACGCCAAACAUCGCAGAGUUCCUGACGUCCACUGGAGUGACUGGUCCACUGACCGCAGCCAUGAUCUCUACUGCACGAUGCUUUGUCCAGCCUCAAUAUAAACUGCCUAGUUUCCUGAGGGCUAUUCUUAGAGAUGAAUACAUUACCUGGCAUAAAAAGAAGCAAGAAGAGGUAUCCCCGGGCACGGAGCCAUCAGAGAUGGAAGGGGAUCAGCUGAUCACCAUGGUGAACAAGGCCGUUACCGCCAUCACAAACAGGCUACAUAACCUGGCCACGUUUGAGGGUGGGGACAGUAAGGUGAACACUCUAGUUGCCGCCGCCAACAGCCAUGACAACCUGUGUAGAAUGGACCCAGCCUGGCACCCCUGGUUGUAAACAGACGGGGAACCAGAAUUGAGUGUUAAAGACUGGACUUUGGGUUAGAGCCAGAUAUUAGGAGAUGCUGUUGUGAAGAAAAUUUAAGAAAAUCCUUCAAUAAACCUGGAAACAGUCAAGAUGGGACCAAACUUGUCAUCUCUUUGAUAUAGACUGACUUGGAUAGAGAUUUGUGUUUAUAUAUGGAGACAUAAAUAGAAUACAGCCAUGAGUAUCUGUGUACAUGUAUGAUGGACGAAGCCUGUCAUCCCCAGCUAUAAACAGGAUAGGAACCAGAAAUAUUGGUAUGGACACAUGGACAUAUUCCCAGAACCAUGAUGAAAACUUUGCUCCCCUUACUCUUAAUGUAAUAUUUAUGCAACCAGUUGCAAAUCAUCAGAAACCCAUGCAUCUUCCUGCCAACUGGAAAAGGUGUCCAGUUCCCUUUUAAAUUGAAUGAAAACAGACAUUUCUGCUUGUGUUAAAGGCACCAUAAAUGUGUAUGUCUGUAUGCUUAAUUUUGUUGAAAGAGAAAUUGUAAAUAUUAUUUGUUAAAGUAUGUUUUGAAAUCGUGUUUUCUGUUCAAUUGAAAGUAAUUAGUGGAUACAUUUAUACAUACUUAAGAAUCUGAUUUAUUUUUUUAAGUCUAUAUAGUGUUUCUAUGAGUAUGCUAAUUAAGUGGCUUAAGGACUUGUUGAUUGUCUUAUGAGAAAUUGAUACAUAAAUAACUUACAAUGCAUUUAAGAUGUGUCAUUUACAUAUUAUAAAUUCAAAGUAAUAUAUUUCUGCUGGUAACAGCUGUAGAUGGUAUCAUAUGACAAUCAGAUGUAAGUAAUUAAAAACCAAGAUUGUCAAUUAAAGCACUUAAUAUUUUUUCAAGUAUAUUUUCCUGAAACUUUAUAAUUAUAUGGGACAGUGACUUCAUUACAUUUGUUUUACAUGUAUGUUAUGCUUAUGUGAUUAUAAAUCUUUGUGUCAUGACAAAUACAUUAGGGAAUAUUAGUUUAUUGCAAUGCAUAUCAUAGAGCAAAAAAUAUAUAUUUAAUUUAUGUUCUACUAAUUUUGUGGACCAAAAACAUGUACUGUAAAAGAAAAUCUCCCUUUUUUAAUUUCAUAAAUCACAUAAGGUCUUAUUAUGUUUUUAAAGGAAAGAAGUUGAAACAUAUAAAAGCACACAUUGGAUUUUUUUAUUUCAAGUACAAAUAUGAUUGCUUUCACUUCCAUGCUCGUAUAUGAGGAAAAUAUAUGUGCUUCUAGAAUGUAUUUAUGAGUUUCCAUGUAAAUUGUGCAUGUUGUUUUAGUUUGGAGUAUUUUUGACUUUUUAAGGUAUUCAAUGUACAAUAAUUUAAAUUUUUGAUGGCUAUAUAUUUCGAAGCAUUUUGCUUGUAGAGAAAAAACAGUUUAAAAGUAUACUAAAAAAAACCGACACAUGACAAGCUCACAUCUUUUGUCUUCGAAGAUUACAAAAUAUGCCAUUCCGCAUCAGAUUUCAGUCGAAACAAAGAUCAGAAAUACAACUGAUGUAAUUUUAUGUUGUGGAUUUUUGGAUAUUAGUAGUAUGCAAGCAAUACCCUUUCGAAUAAUUCCAGAAUUAUAUGUGAUCAUCAGGCAUUGAAAUUUGACAUGAUCACCAACGGUUGAAUACAUUGACAAGCUUAUGUAUACAUCUGACAUGAUCACCAUCACCAAGGGUUGAAUACAUUGACAAGCUUAUGUAUACAUCUGACAUGAUCACCAACCGUUGAAUACAUUGACAAGCUUAUGUAUACAUCUGACAUGAUCACCAACCGUUGAAUACAUUGACAAGCUUAUGUAUACAUCUGACAUGAUCACCAACCGUUGAAUACAUUGACAAGCUUAUGUAUACAUCUGACAUGAUCACCAACCGUUGAAUACAUUGACAAGCUUAUGUAUACAUCUGACAUGAUCACCAACCGUUGAAUACAUUGACAAGCUUAUGUAUACUUCUGACAUGAUCACCAAUCGUUGAAUACAUUGACAAGCUUAUGUAUACAUCUGACAUGAUCACCAACCGUUGAAUACAUUGACAAGCUUAUGUAUACAUCUGACAUGAUCACCAACCGUUGAAUACAUUGACAAGCUUAUGUAUACAUCUGACAUGAUCACCAACGGUUGAAUACAUUGACAAGCUUAUGUAUACUUCUGACAUGAUCACCAAUGGUUGAAUACAUUGACAAGCUUAUGUAUACAUCUGACAUGAUCACCAACGGUUGAAUACAUUGACAAGCUUAUGUAUACAUCUGACAUGAUCACCAACGGUUGAAUACAUUGACAAGCUUAUGUAUACAUCUGACAUGAUCACCAACCGUUGAAUACAUUGACAAGCUUAUGUAUACAUCUGACAUGAUCACCAAUGGUUGAAUACAUUGACAAGCUUAUGUAUACAUCUGACAUGAUCACCAAUGGUUGAAUACAUUGACAAGCUUAUGUAUACAUCUGACAUGAUCACCAAUGGUUGAAUACAUUGACAAGCUUAUGUAUACUUCUGACAUGAUCACCAACCGUUGAAUACAUUGACAAGCUUAUGUAUGCAUCUGACAUGAUCACCAAUGGUUGAAUACAUUGACAAGCUUAUGUAUACAUCUGACAUGAUCACCAAACGUUGAAUACAUUGACAAGCUUAUGUAUACAUCUGACAUGAUCACCAAACGUUGAAUACAUUGACAAGCUUAUGUAUACAUCUGACAUGAUCACCAAACGUUGAAUACAUUGACAAGCUUAUGUAUACAUCUGACAUGAUCACCAAUGGUUGAAUACAUUGACAAGCUUAUGUAUACUUCUGACAUGAUCACCAAUGGUUGAAUACAUUGACAAGCUUAUGUAUACAUCUGACAUGAUCACCAAUGGUUGAAUACAUUGACAAGCUUAUGUAUACAUCUGACAUGAUCACCAAUGGUUGAAUACAUUGACAAGCUUAUGUAUACAUCUGACAUGAUCACCAAUGGUUGAAUACAUUGACAAGCUUAUGUAUACUUCUGACAUGAUCACCAAUGGUUGAAUACAUUGACAAGCUUAUGUAUACUUCUGACAUGAUCACCAAUGGUUGAAUACAUUGACAAGCUUAUGUAUACAUCUGACAUGAUCACCAAAUGUUGAAUACAUUGACAAGCUUAUGUAUACAUCUGACAUGAUCACCAAACGUUGAAUACAUUGACAAGCUUAUGUAUACUUCUGCCAUGAUCACCAACCGUUGAAUACAUUGACAAGCUUAUGUGUACAUCUGGUACUGUAAUGUGCAGAAACUCUCAUGUGAUAUGCAGAAACUUAAUUAUCUUGUCAUUAGUACAUUUUGAUUGUUUCAGCCAUGAAUUAUGUUUUUUUAGGAGCAUUUACAUUUCAUUAAUCUUACGUGUCACUGAAUGUAUAUUGAAGUUAAACGUUACAUUUAAAUCAAUCAUGUUAUGACUUUUUAUUGUCGAAAUUGCAUCUGUAUACAGAAAAUGAAUUUAACUGCAAUUUGGAUAUGAUAUCGAUGAAAAUCAAAUAAAAUUAAUGUCUU